AUGGAGACGCGGAUCGUCCUUGGGAGGUCGUCACUUCGCUACGUACCGCGGAAAGGUUUUUUUUCUCCAUCACGGUCGCCAAUAGCGCCCAACAGCUCCGUUCCCCGGACAAACCCAGCUCCGAGCCGGCCACGCCGCUCUGCCCCAGCCGAGGCCGCUCUCCCCUCCCCGGGCUCAGCCCUCACGGCGCUGGGCCGGGCUGCCGCUGUCCUCCCUGGAACGCGCAACUUGUUAGGCGGGCAGCGCUGCCCGCAGGCGGAGCGGGUGCCGCCGUUCGGGGGCACCGAGAGCCCCGCGCUGCCGCCGCUCGGGGGCACCGAGAGCCCCGCGCUGCCGCCGCUCGGGGACAGCCUGCACCGAGAGCCCCGCGCUGCCGCCGCUCAACCCCGCGCCGAGUCUUCCCCCUCCCGGCGGCUCCGCACAGACCACACGCUCCAUGCAAUAUACAACGGCGGGGCACUGCGGGGGUCCUGCGGGCUCCUACCGGGAACGCUGUUACUGCGGCAUUGCGGAGCGCAUGAGCCCCGCCGCUCUCUCGCUUCCUUCCUUCCCCCCGCUCGCCUCUCGCCCGCUGGUUCCACCGCCGCCCGCAGCCGCCGCCGCUGCGGACUCCAGACGCAGACCCCCGCCAGGGAGGGCAGGAAGCGCGUCAUCACUCCGGGCCGCUCCGCCGCCCUCCGCCCGGCCCGCUCGGAGGGACCCGGGCACCGGGAGCGGCGCCCGGCUGGGCUGCGGCUCGGAGCUCGCCUUUACCUGGGCCUGAGGGGGAGGCACAGCCCUCAGCCGGGCAGUGAGGUAGCGGCGAUUUCGCUCUGCCCGCCCCGCACCGGGGCAUGGCAGCUCCUUGGGAGAGGAGGAGGAAAGCUGGAGCAGCCCCACGGGGAGGGGAAAGACCCCGCAGGGCAGCGCGAGCAGCAAUGGCCACUGUGGGGCACGAGCGCCCCUCAGGAGCCUCCAGAGCCGCGGGGCCAGAAACGCUGGGUCCGGUCCGCAGGCGUGCAGAGGGACCCGCACCGCCCACGGAGAGUCGUGCUAAGCACUCAUAAAUCACGGAAUCCAUUAGGCUGGAAAAGACAACUGAGGGAAGUGUGCGGUGAUGGAGGCCUGCACCUCCUCCAGGCUGAGCACCCUCAGCCGCUCCUCACACCUGUGCAGCACUAUUACCCUUCCCUGGACCCCUUUCAGAACCUCGAUGUCUCUUCUGAAUCGAGGGACUCAGAACAGGACACAACUCCACGUGUGGCCCCACCGGUGGAAGAAUCCCACCCCUUGUCCUGCUGGCCACGCUAUUCCUGAAACAGACCAGGAUCCAACACAUGAACUGCUGUAGCAGCGAGGGAGACCUCGGGCUUCCCUUACACAGUUUGUAACAUUUGAACACUGUUAAGAGUUGUAUAAAUGUAAUAAGUUGUAGAAGUGUAAAUGUAUAUUUCACAGCAGUAUAUUGAUACAAAUCUGAGAAAAGACACUGUUAGAGUUGUAUAAAUGUAAUGUUGUAUAAGUGUAAAUGUAUAUUUCACAGCAGUAUAUUGAUACAAAUGUGAGAAAAGAAAUACCUACUCCGGCUUAGAGCCUUAAAUGGAUUAGUGCCCUAUAUACUGGGGCCUCUGAAAAACAACUGCAAGAGUUGAAAAUCAUGCAGUUUAAAAAAUUUCACCUGAUUUAACUGAAGUGAAGUAAUUAGUAAAUAUUUUUACUUGGAACCAGUUUAAAAGAGCUGUCAGUAUACAGCUGGUUUUUCCUUUCAGAGUAAUCUUGAGACACUCACAAUGCAUGGUGACACAAUCCAACAGUUACACAGGUUGUAGCAAUACACUUGGUGGGCAUGUUUAAGGCAUUCUGUAGAUAUAAAACCCAACCAGAUUAUUCUAUACACCCACCCUACAGAAUCUAAGGCGUCACAAUUUUGACAUCCCAAAUGGUUAUCCUGAGCUGUGCCAGCUUUAUCAAACAAACAAACAAACAAACAAACAAACAAACAAACAAGAAGUGUCUGCUGUUAACUAAAAUAGAGGCUACACAGGAUUUCCUUAUAGCAUGCCAAUACUUGACAAUAUUACAAGUUUUACAAAGGAGUUAUUGUUAUCAUUGUUACUAAAGAGAUACUAUCCAACCUGUUAUUAAAACAAGGCUAAUUAAAGUAUGUUUUUGUGAUUUAGAGGUACUUUUGCACAUGUAAGUUACCUGGGAACAUCAUAAUAUUUACAUAAAGAGCAGUUUGGGGUGUU